AUGGCGGACACCCAGCCCGCUCCUCCACCAGCUGAGGAACCGCCGGCGUUGUCCGUGGCAGAAACGGCUAGCUUUACCCAGUAUCUCCGCCGUAUCGUCCCUGUUCUUUUAGAAGAUGAAGAUCCAAGCCUGAAAUCCCUGGACGCAGCCUUCGCCGACAAGAAUCAUGUCGAGUCCGUGAAGAAAUUCCUGAGUGACCCCCAAGUUUCUGCGUUGUUGGUUCAAAGAGCUUCCACUAAAGAUGAAAGUGAGGAAGUUAGUGAGGGAGGAGGAGAUGGAGAAGGAACAACCUCCUACAUCAUCACUUCAGAAGUUCAUUUCUCAAACUCCAAAAUGUCAAGUGUGGUACUCAUCAAGAGAGGUCAAGUGGUGGAAGCUGAUAAAAGUUUCCCGUCUCAGCUUCGUAUUAUGAAUUUCAGUGAAGGGUCACCUUACGAGACUCUUCAUGCCUACGUCAGUAAUGCGGUAGCCCCUUUCUUCAAGUCUUACAUUAGAGAAACAGGCAAAGCUGAAAGAGAUGGAGAUAAAAUGGCUCCUACAGUUGAAAAGAAAAUUGCAGAAUUAGAAAUGGGGUUAUUACAUCUGCAACAGAACAUAGAUAUCCCAGAAAUCACACUUCCUGUCAACCCAAUAGUCUCGCAGAUAAUUAAAAAAUGUGCUGAUGAGAAUCGCAAACCGAAAGUAGAAGAUUUUGGAAAUAAGGUGGAAGAUGCUCAGUUUUUGAACAAUCUUCAGAGUGGUGUUAAUAGAUGGAUCAGAGAAAUUCAAAAGGUAACAAAAUUAGACCGAGAUCCAGCGUCUGGUACAGCUCUACAAGAAAUAAGUUUCUGGUUGAAUUUAGAACGAGCAUUAUUACGUAUACAGGAGAAGAGAGAAAGUAUCGAAGUUGUUUUAACCUUAGAUAUUUUAAAACAUGGUAAAAGAUUUCACGCUACCGUCAGUUUUGACACAGAUACAGGAUUAAAACAAGCCAUGGCUACAGUAAACGAUUAUAACCAACUGAUGAAAGAUUUCCCAAUUAACGAUUUACUCUCUGCCACCGAACUUGAUAAAAUCAGACAGGCACUACAGGCUAUAUUCUUACAUCUUCGUAAAAUAAGACCUACUAAAUAUCCGAUCCAGAGAGCCCUGAGAUUAGUGGAGGCUAUUUCCAGAGACCUUAGUGCACAAUUGUUGAAGGUUCUAGGAACAAGAAGAUUGAUGCAUAUUCCUUAUGAUGAAUUUGAAAAGGUGAUGUCAGCCUGUUUUGACGUGUUCGUAGCUUGGGAUGAUGAGUAUGAUAAACUACAGGCCAUGUUACGAGAUCUGGUUAAAAAGAAGCGGGAAGAACAUCUACGUAUGGUUUGGAGAGUGAAUCCUGCUCACAAACGACUUCAAGCCAGAUUAGAUCAUAUGAGAAAAUUCCGAAGACAACAUGAACAGUUACGUCAAGUUAUUAUGCGUGUACUACGCCCAGUAACUGGUCGAGCUGGUACCCCCGGGGAAGAUGGGGAUGUUAUUAAGGGAGAACCUGUUGUAGAUGAAGCAGCUGAUGCUAAUGCCAUUGAGGAAGUUAACCUAGCUUAUGAAAAUGUAAAAGAAGUUGAUGUAUUAGAAGUUUCUAAAGAAGGUUCUGACUCUUGGGAAGCUGCUAUUAAAAGAUACGAUGAAAGAAUCGAUAGAGUAGAGACUAGAAUUACAGCUCGACUUCGAGAUCAACUUGGUACAGCUCGUAAUGCCAACGAAAUGUUCCGUAUCUUCUCGAGAUUUAAUGCUCUGUUUGUACGGCCACACAUUCGUGGUGCCAUCCGAGAAUAUCAAACACAAUUGAUACAGAGAGUCAAAGAUGAUAUUGAGUCACUCCAUGAAAAAUUCAAGGUGCAGUAUCCCCAGAGUAAAGCCUGUAGAAUGAGUAAAGUGAGAGAUCUACCCCCAGUAUCUGGUUCUAUCAUCUGGGCUAGACAGAUUGAGAGACAGUUGAAUGCCUAUAUGAGACGUGUUGAGGAUGUAUUAGGUAAAGGCUGGGAAAGCCACGUUGAGGGUCAGAAAUUAAAAAAUGAUGGAGAUAGUUUUAGAAUGAAGCUAAAUACACAGGAAUUAUUUGACGAGUGGACGAGAAAGGUUCAGAAUCGUCAGCUGAACGUGACAGGUAGAAUAUUUGUCAUACAAACAAUGAGAGUUUUAAAUAAAGGUAACAUACUCAAACUAAUGACCAACUUUCAACCUGAGAUAAUCCAACUAUCAAAAGAGGUACGAAAUCUACGUUGGCUAGGAUUCCGUGUUCCAUUGGUAAUUGUCAAUAAAGCACAUCAAGCGAAUCAGCUGUACCCCUUUGCUAUCUCUCUCAUAGAAAGUGUACAGACAUAUGAACGAACUUUAGAUAAGAUUGACACCAAGAGUCCACUAGCAUUAUUAGUAGCUGGUUUGAGGAAAGAUGUUCAAGAAUUGAUAGCUGAAGGUUGUAGUUUGGUCUGGGAAUCCUAUAAACUAGAUACGUAUGUACAGAGACUGUCAGAUGGGGUCUUCACCUUCCAGGAAAAGGUGGAUGAUUUAUUGGCUAUGGAAGCUGAAAUUAAUGUAGAAGUUAAAGCUCUAGAUACCUGUAACUAUAACGCUACUACGUUUAAAGCUAUUUUAAAUAAGAUACAGAAAGCAGUAGAUAAUCUCAGUUUACAUUCAUUUUCUAAUCUUCCUCAAUGGGUGGCCAAAAUGGAUGAAGAGGUUGAAAGACGCCUAGCAGCUCGACUAGAAGCAGGAUUAAAAGCCUGGACAGACUGUCUGAUAAAGAAAGAAGAAGAUGUAGUAGAUCAUUCUAUGGAUACAGAUGAACCCAAAACACCAGCUCCUAAACCUGGUGGAGAACCGCAUAUUAAGCCUUUAAUUCAUGAAUUACGUAUCACCAACCAAGUUAUCUAUCUCAAUCCACCUGUAGAAGAUGCUCGAUUCAACGUUUUACAAGAAUUAUUCGCUUGGGAGGCCGUAAUUACAGGAUUACCCAGAAUUCAACACUCCCGAUAUCAGGUUGGUCUAGAUGUCGACCCAGCUAAAAUAACAUAUAGAAAUGUUCUAACGAAGACGCCAGGGGGACCUGAAGUUCUGGAAGAUGCCUACAGCGCCAUCAAUAAAACCAUUAAAGAACUUGAAGAUUAUGUCACUGUUUGGUUCCGUUACCAAUCACUAUGGGAUUUGAACGCCGAUGUACUCUAUGGUCGUCUUGAUAACAAUAUGAAACUAUGGAUGAGUACAUUAGAAGAAAUAAAAUCUUCAAGAAAAACCUUUGAUACAUCAGAAACUCAGAAAGAAAUUGGUCCAGUCGUAGUCCAGUUCUCAAAGGUCCAGUCUAAAGUGUCUCUAAAAUACGAUUCCUGGCAUAAAGAAGUAUUGAGUAAAUUUGGUUCCAUGUUGGGUAAUGAGAUGACAGAAUUCCAUGCUGCCGUUUCUAAGUCUCGAAGUGAUUUAGAACAACAGUCAUUAGACACAGCCAAUACAUCAGAAGCUGUUGGACUGAUAACACAUGUCCAGUCAUUGAAGAGAAAGAUGAAUACAUGGGAAAAACAAGUAGAUAUGUAUAAAGAGGGUCAGAGAAUCCUAGAACGUCAACGUUUCCAGUUCCCUAGUAACUGGCUAUAUAUAGAUAACGUGGAUGGAGAAUGGGGUGCGUUCACUGACAUCAUGAAACGUAAAGACUCGGCUAUCCAGACACAAGUUGCCAGUCUACAGAUGAAGAUAGUGUCUGAAGACAAGAUCGUUGAGUCUAAGACGUCUGAUAUGUUAGGUGAUUGGGAGAAAGAUAAGCCAGUUGAUGGAGAAAUGAGACCAGACGCAGCCCUAAAAGCCUUGACGAUAUUUGAAGGUAAAUUUGGACGUCUGAAGGAAGAAAGAGAUAACAUAGCCAAGGCUAAAGAAGCUUUAGAACUAGCAGAACCAGGACAUGUGAGCCCCAGUCAGGAGAGAAUGGGAGUAGCUCUAGAAGAACUACAAGAUCUCAAGGGUGUUUGGAAUGAACUGUGUAAGGUGUGGGAACAGAUUGAUGAGCUGAAAGAGAAACCAUGGUUGUCUGUAGCCCCUAGAAAGUUGAGACAAUCUCUAGAUGCCUUGUUAUCUCAACUAAAAGAAUUACCAGCUAGGUUAAGAAGUUAUGCUUCUUAUGAACAUGUUAAACGAUGUCUUCAGAGCUAUGCCAAGGUGAAUGUAUUGAUUGUUGAAUUAAAAUCAGAAGCUUUAAAAGAACGCCAUUGGAAACAGUUAAUGAAACGUCUGAAUGUAAACUGGGUGUUAUCAGAGUUGACUCUUGGACACGUGUGGGAUAUCGACUUACAGAAACAUGAACCUGUCGUCCGUGAUGUUAUCAGUGUCGCUCAGGGAGAAAUGGCUCUGGAAGAAUUCUUGAAACAAGUGAGUGAAGUAUGGAGAAGUUAUGAACUAGAGUUAAUUAACUACCAGAAUAAAUGUCGUCUGAUACGAGGUUGGGAUGAUUUAUUUACCAAGGUUAAAGAACAUCUUAACAGUGUCAUGGCUAUGAAAUUAUCUCCUUAUUAUAAGCAAUUUGAAGAAGAUGCGUUAGCGUGGGAAGAUAAGUUAAAUCGAAUCAAUGCUUUAUUUGAUGUGUGGAUUGAUGUUCAGAGACGAUGGGUUUAUCUGGAGGGUAUAUUUACUGGCAGUGCUGAUAUUAAACAUUUAUUACCUAUCGAGACCUCCCGAUUCCAGGGAGUUAGUACAGAAUUCCUAGGACUAAUGAAACGUGUAGCCAAAUCUCCUCUAGUAAUAGAUGUAUUAAAUAUACCAAACAGUCAACGUCAACUAGAACGUCUUGCUGAUCUACUCGGUAAAAUACAGAAAGCUCUUGGCAAAUUUUAUUUUGUUGGAGAUGAAGAUUUAUUAGAAAUUAUUGGAAACAGUAAAAAUAUCCCGAGAUUACAGAAACAUUUUAAAAAGAUGUUUGCUGGUGUUGCAUCUAUUGUUUUAAAUGAAGAUGACUCACAUGUCACUGGAUUGAUGUCAAAGGAAGGUGAAUCAGUUGAUUUUGCCACGCCUGUAUCUAUCGCAGCCCAUCCUAAGAUUAACGAAUGGUUGACACUGGUAGAGAAAGAAAUGAGGGUCACUCUGGCAAAACUCCUGGCCUCUUCCGUGGCUGACAUGGCUAAUUUUAAAACUGGUAAAAUAGACCCUAGUCUAUAUCUAGAUUGGAUUGAUAAAUAUCAGUCCCAACUAAUAGUACUAGCAGCUCAGAUCUUGUGGUCUGAAAGUUGUGAUGCAGCCCUCUCAACUAUCGGCGCUCAGACCGGACAGAAAGACCUGACACCAAUGGAUGGUGUGUUAGCUAGCGUGGAAUCUACCCUUAAUAUUCUAGCUGACUCUGUUCUCCUAGAACAACCUGCUGUCAGACGAAAGAAAUUAGAAAGUUUGAUCACAGAAUUGGUUCACCAACGUGACGUAACACGAACAUUGAUUAAAAACAAAGUCGACAGUCAGAAAUCUUUUGAUUGGUUGUCACAAAUGAGAUUCUACUUCGACCCAAAAAAUCACGACGUUCUUCAACAACUAUCCAUUCAAAUGGCCAAUGCUAAGUUUAAUUAUGGUUUUGAAUAUUUGGGUGUUCAAGAUAAACUGGUCCAAACACCACUAACUGAUCGUUGUUAUCUGACUAUGACUCAAGCUCUGGAGGCUCGUCUUGGUGGCUCCCCCUUCGGACCUGCUGGUACUGGUAAAACAGAAUCAGUAAAAGCUCUGGGCAACCAAUUGGGAAGAUUUGUACUGGUAUUUAAUUGUGAUGAAGCUUUUGAUUUCCAGGCUAUGGGUCGUAUUUUUGUUGGUCUGUGUCAAGUCGGAGCCUGGGGAUGUUUUGAUGAAUUUAACCGACUGGAAGAAAGAAUGUUAUCAGCUGUCUCUCAACAGAUUCAAAUUAUUCAGGAAUCUUUGAAAGAACUCGCUGGACAGGACAAAAAAGGACAAUAUGUAAUGGCUGAAUUGAUUGGUAAACAAGUCAAAGUCAACGCAGAUAUGGCUAUAUUUAUUACAAUGAAUCCUGGUUACGCUGGACGAUCUAAUCUACCCGACAAUCUGAAACAACUGUUCCGUAACCUGGCUAUGACGAAACCAAAUCGUCAACUAAUUUCACAAGUUAUGUUAUAUUCACAAGGUUUCCGUCAAGCUGAAAAACUGGCCAGUAAAAUCGUACCAUUCUUCAAAUUAUGUGAUGAACAACUCUCACCACAGUCUCACUAUGAUUUUGGUUUACGAGCGUUGAAGAGUGUAUUAGUCAGUGCUGGUAACGUGAAACGAGAUAAAUUACGACAAGUUAAAGAGGGCUUUGAAGAACGAGGAGAAGCUCUGGAUGAAAGUGCCAUCGCUGAGAAUCUACCAGAACAAGAGAUUUUGAUCCAAUCAGUAAUGGAGACAAUGGUUCCGAAAUUAGUAGCAGAAGAUAUUCCAUUACUCCACAGUCUGCUGACAGACGUGUUCCCAGGGGUGAAAUACACAGCCAAUGAGAUGUUGGUAUUACGUAAAGAACUACGUAAGGUCUGUAAAGAAAUGUACCUAUGUUAUGGAGAAGGAGAUGAAAUCGGAACACAAUGGGUAGAAAAGGUUCUACAGUUGUAUCAAAUCACCAACCUACAUCAUGGUUUAAUGAUGGUGGGACCUAGUGGAAGUGGUAAGUCCAUGGCCUGGAAGGUGUUACUGAAAGCUCUAGAAAGAAUUGAAGGUGUGGAAGGCGUCGCCCAUGUUAUAGACCCCAAGUCUAUAUCUAAAGAGGUACUGUAUGGAAAUUUGGACCCUAAUACAAGAGAAUGGACAGAUGGUUUGUUUACACAUGUACUCAGAAAGAUUACUGACAAUGUACGAGGUGAAUUGAGCAAAAGACAGUGGAUUAUAUUUGAUGGUGAUGUAGAUCCUGAAUGGGUUGAAAAUUUAAAUUCUGUCUUGGAUGAAAAUAAAUUAUUGACUUUGCCUAAUGGUGAAAGAUUGGCUAUACCACCUAAUGUGAGAAUAAUGUUUGAAGUACAAGAUCUACGCUAUGCCACUCUAGCUACCGUUACACGUUGUGGUAUGGUUUGGUUCAGUGAGGACGUCCUAUCAACUGAUAUGAUCUAUGAAAACUUCCUAGAACAACUUCGUAGUGUACCUGUAGAGGAAAUGGAUGAUGAUUUUAGUGGUAAAGAUGAUCAAGAAUCUCCCUCACUCAUUGUUCAAAGAGAUGCAGCUGCUGUAUUCCAACCAUUCUUUACAUCGGAUGGUUUGGUGAAUCGUUGUAUGGAACAUGCUGUCGACUUGGAACACGUCAUGGAUUUUACACGUCUCCGAGCCUUGAAUUCCUUCUUCUCUAUGUUAAACCAGGGAGUUCGUAAUAUUUUAAACUAUAACCACAACCAUGCUGAUUUCCCUGUACCGCAAGAACAAAUGGAGCAAUAUUUAUCGAAAUAUCUAAUCUAUAGUUUAGUAUGGUCGAUGUCUGGGGACGGAAAAAUUAAAGUUCGACAAGACAUGGGAGAUUUUAUCCGUGGUAUUACCACUGUACCAUUACCACCCACUACCAAUGCUUCCGUCAUCGACUUCGAGGUGGCAAUGACAGGAGAAUGGGUAACCUGGCAGUCUAAAGUACCACAAGUUGAAGUGGAAACUCACAAAGUUGCCUCCCCUGAUGUAGUUAUCCCCACUAUAGAUACAGUACGUCAUGAGAGUUUAUUGUAUACCUGGCUAGCAGAACAUAAACCAUUACUACUGUGUGGACCCCCUGGCUCCGGUAAAACUAUGACCUUGUUCUCGGCACUGAGAGCUCUUCCUGAUAUGGAGGUGGUAGGGUUGAAUUUCUCCAGUGCUACUACCCCUGAACUCUUAUUAAAAACAUUUGACCAUUACUGUGAAUAUCGACGAACACCAAACGGAAUGGUUCUCUCCCCUGUUCAACUUAAUAAAUGGUUGGUGCUAUUCUGUGACGAAAUUAAUCUUCCUGAUAUGGACAAAUAUGGAACCCAGAGAGUCAUUUCCUUCCUGCGUCAGAUGAUGGAACAUGGUGGAUUUUAUCGUCCGUCAGAUCAGAUGUGGAUUAAGUUUGAAAGGAUGCAGUUUGUAGGAGCGUGUAAUCCUCCGACUGACCCUGGCCGUAAACCUCUUUCUCACAGAUUUUUACGUCACGUACCAGUAGUGUAUGUAGAUUACCCUGGUGAAACAUCAUUAAAACAGAUUUAUGGAACAUUCAAUCGAGCUAUGUUACGUUUGGUUCCCAGUUUAAAACCAUAUGCAGAUCCUCUUACCAAUGCCAUGGUCCAAUUCUAUCUUCUUUCACAGGAAAGAUUCACUCAAGAUAUGCAGCCUCAUUACGUAUACAGUCCUCGUGAAUUGACACGCUGGGUUCGUGGUAUCUGUGAAUACCUACGUCCAUUAGAGAAUCUUUCUGUUGAUGGUCUGGUGAGGAUCUGGGCUCACGAAGCUUUGAGACUGUUCCAAGAUAGAUUGAUAGAAGAUGAAGAGAGAUUUUGGACAGACAAGAAUAUAGAUCAGGUGGCAACUCAACAUUUCCCCAACAUAAAUCGAGAUGAAGCACUAGCCAGACCUGUACUCUUCUCGAAAUGGUUAUCUAAAGACUAUAUGCCUGUUAAUAGAGAGGAUUUAAGAGAAUAUACUAAAGCUAGACUCAAGGUUUUCUAUGAAGAAGAGUUGGAUGUACCUCUCGUACUAUUUGAUGAAGUAUUGGAUCACGUUUUAAGAAUUGAUCGAAUUUUCCGUCAACCCCAAGGUCAUCUGCUAUUGAUUGGUGUGAGUGGAGCAGGAAAGACAACUCUGUCACGAUUUGUGGCCUGGAUGAAUGGACUAUCAGUGUUCCAAGUUAAAGUACACAAUAAAUAUACAGAUUUAGAAUUUGAUGAAGAUUUACGAACUGUUUUACGAAGAUCAGGUUGUAAGGGAGAAAAGAUCUGUUUUAUUUUGGAUGAAUCUAAUGUAUUGGACUCUGGUUUCCUGGAGAGAAUGAACACCCUGCUAGCUAAUGGUGAGGUACCAGGUCUGUUUGAAGGAGAUGAGUACUCUACCCUGAUGACACAGUGUAAAGAAGGGGCACAACGUGAAGGUUUAAUGUUAGAUUCUAGUGAAGAAUUGUACAAAUGGUUCACUCAACAAGUAAUGCGAAAUCUUCAUGUAGUGUUCACCAUGAAUCCCUCAUCAGAAGGUUUAAAAGAUAGAGCUUCAACAUCCCCUGCUCUCUUCAACAGAUGUGUAUUGAACUGGUUUGGAGAUUGGUCUAAUGGUGCUCUGUUUCAAGUUGGUAAAGAAUUCACCAAUAAAGUUGAUCUGGAGAAAGGCAAUUAUGUUCCCCCACCAGAUUUCCCAAAGGCGUUUGAAGACUUAGUAACCCCCCCAGGACAUCGUGAAGCUGUGGUCAAUGCCUACGUGUUUGUUCAUCAAUCAUUACAUCAAGCUAAUUCUAGAGUCAGUCGUCGUGGUGGACGUGUCAUGGCCAUCACUCCCAGACAUUAUCUCGACUUCAUCAACCAUUUUGCCAAGCUGUAUAAUGAGAAGAGAUCAGAUUUAGAAGAACAACAGCUACAUCUAAACAUUGGUCUACAGAAAAUACGAGAAACCGUGGACCAAGUGGAAGAAUUACAGAAAUCAUUGUCUGUUAAACGUCUGGAAUUAGAACAGAAAAACAACGCAGCCAAUCAGAAACUCCAGCAGAUGGUCAAAGAUCAGCAAGAAGCUGAGAAGAAGAAAGUAACAUCGCAGGAAAUUCAACAAGCUCUGAUUGAACAAACUAAAGUCAUUAGUGAGAAAAAGGUCAGCGUAACAGAAGAUUUAUCGAAGGUAGAACCAGCUGUUAUAGAGGCACAGAACGCUGUAAAGUCCAUCAAGAAACAGCACCUUGUAGAGAUCAGAUCUAUGGGUAACCCACCCCCAGUUGUUAAGUUGGCCCUAGAGGGGAUCUGUCUACUACUAGGGGAGAGCUCCGGUGAUUGGAAGACUAUCAGAGCUGUGAUAAUGAAGGAGAAUUUUAUUACUAAUUUAAUUAACAUGGAUACUAAUGAUAUCAGUGAUGAGAUUCGUAAUAAGAUGAAGAAUAAAUACCUGAGUAAUCCAGACUAUAAUUAUGAGAAAGUGAACAGAGCUAGUUUAGCGUGUGGUCCUAUGGUCAAAUGGGCUAUUGCACAGAUUCAAUAUGCUGACAUGUUAAACAGAGUUGAACCACUUCGUAAUGAACUACAAGAUUUAGAAGAUAAAGCCAAGGAAAACCAACGUAAAGGAGAUGAAGUCAUGAAACUUAUUAAAGAUUUAGAAAACAGUAUCGCUCAAUAUCAAGAUGAAUAUGCCGGGUUGAUCAGUGAAGCCCAGGCUAUUAAAGCCAGUCUAGCUGCCGUAGAAGCCAAGGUCGAGAGAAGUGUAGCCUUAUUGAACAAUCUGGGUAGCGAAAAACAAAGAUGGGAGGCCGGUAGUGAAACAUUUAAAAAUCAGAUGGCAACUAUAAUAGGAGAUACCUUGUUGUCCUCAGCUUUCAUGGCCUAUGCUGGUUAUUUUGAUCAGCAGAUGAGACGUAAUUUAUUUAGUAGUUGGUGUGGCCAUCUUUCACAAGCUAAUAUACAGUUCCGAGCUGAUCUAGCACGAUCUGAGUAUCUAUCAAAUGCUGAUGAGAGAUUAAGAUGGCAGGCCAACGCUCUACCAUCCGAUGAUCUGUGUACAGAGAAUGCCAUCAUGUUAAAACGCUUCAAUCGUUACCCCCUGAUAAUUGACCCCUCGGGACAGGCCACAGAUUUCAUUAUGAACGAAUACAAGGAGAAGAAAAUUACUAAAACAAGUUUCUUGGAUGAUGCUUUCCGUAAGAAUCUAGAAAGUGCUCUACGAUUUGGUAAUCCUCUACUCGUUCAGGAUGUAGAAAGUUAUGAUCCUAUAUUAAAUCCUGUAUUAAAUCGUGAGUUAAGAAGAACAGGUGGUCGUGUAUUGAUAACUCUUGGAGAUCAAGAUAUUGAUUUAUCUCCCUCUUUCACCAUCUUCCUGUCUACAAGAGACCCAAAUGUUGAAUUUCCACCAGAUAUCUGUUCCCGAGUCACGUUUGUCAACUUCACAGUAACAAGAAGUAGUUUACAGAGUCAAUGUUUGAAUCAAGUAUUAAAGUCUGAACGACCAGAUGUGGAUGAAAAGAGAUCCGAUCUACUCAAAUUACAAGGUGAAUUCCAGUUGAGAUUACGACAACUAGAGAAAUCUCUACUACAAGCUCUCAAUGAUGUUAAAGGAAAGAUUCUAGAUGAUGACAGUAUUUUGAGCCAUCUUGAAACAUUAAAAACAGAGGCUGCUGAGGUAGCAAGGAAAGUAGAAGAAACAGACGUAGUCAUGGCUGAAGUAGAAACUACAUCUCAACAAUACGUACCACUAGCUCAGUCAUGUAGUUCUAUAUAUUUUACACUAGAGGCUCUACAACAGGUUCACUUCCUGUACCAGUAUUCACUUCAACUAUUUUUUGAGAUUUUCCAUUCUGUGUUAUCAAACAACCCAAGGUUGAAUGGAGUGAAGGAAUACGCCUCCCGAUUGUCGAUUAUUACUACAGACUUGUUCCAGGAGACAUACAGUCGUGUUGGUAGAGGUAUGUUAUUUAAUGAUAGAAUUACCUUCGCUAUUCAGUUAUGUCGUAUACAUUUACAGAGUACUGCAAGUGAAACGGCAUACACUGAAGAGUUCAGUUAUUUCUUACGAAGUCAAGAAGGUUUGAUCACAGAAAAACAGACGUCUGCUACCCAGGGUCUCACUUCCCAACAGCAAGCUGAUGUAGUACGAUUAAGUAAAUUACCAGCCUUUAAAAAUCUGGCAGGUGAAAUCAAGAGUAAUGCUGCUGAGUUUAAGAAAUGGAUCGAAAGCGCUACCCCAGAAGCUAAUGUACCACAACUCUGGGACGAAUCUAAGCCAUUGAGUGAAAUUGGUAAAUCUGUGUAUGGUCUGUUAUUGAUACAAGUAUUCAGACAAGAUCGACUGAUUGCUAUGGCCAGAUUAUUCGUAGACAAAACUCUUGGAUCUGAUUUUGUCCAUGCUGGAGAAAAGGAACUUAAUUUAGGAGAAAUUCUAGAAAAUGAGAUAAAAGCUAAUACACCUGUAUUGAUGUGUUCAGUACCAGGAUAUGAUGCUAGUGGUAGAGUGGAUGAUUUAGCUGCUGAGUUGAAUAAACAGAUUACACCUAUUGCUAUUGGUUCUGCUGAAGGGUUUACUCUAGCUGAUAAAGUGAUAAACUCGUCCAGUAAAUCAGGACGUUGGGUGGUAUUAAAGAAUGUACAUCUAGCACCACAAUGGUUGGUACAACUAGAGAAAAAACUACAUAAUCUAACCCCUCAUCCUAGUUUCAGACUUUUCUUGACCAUGGAAAUUAAUCCCAAGUUACCAACUAAUCUAUUGAGAGCUGGUCGUGUAUUUGUGUUUGAACCUCCACCAGGUGUCGCUGCUAACUUGACUCGUACUUUUAGUACUGUACCAGCCUCCAGGAUGUGUAAGGCACCAAAUGAGAGAUCACGUCUGUAUUUCCUACUGGCGUGGUUCCAUGCUAUAGUACAAGAAAGAAUGAGAUAUACCCCACUGGGUUGGGCCAAGAAAUAUGAGUUCACAGAGUCUGAUCUACGUGUAGCUUGCGAUAUGUUAGAUACCUGGGUGGACUCAGUUGCUCUGGGUCGUACUAACUUGCCUCCAGAGAAAGUUCCAUGGGAUGCAAUCCGAACGUUGUUAUCACAAUGUAUCUACGGUGGUAAAAUAGACAAUGACUUUGAUCAGAGACUACUGAGCACCUUCGUGAAUAAACUGUUCACACCGAAGAGUUUUGAAGGGGAGUUUACUCUAGUCAGUAAUAUAGAUGGCGUUGCCGGUAAAAAUAUCACCAUGCCUGAUGGAGUAAGACGUGAACAAUUUGUUAGUUUUGUUGACAAAAUGGAGGACAGACAGACACCAUCUUGGUUGGGAUUACCCAAUAAUGCAGAGAAAGUUCUACUCACUACACAAGGAAGUGACCUCACAGCUAAAUUAAUGAAGAUGGAGAUAUUAGAACAGGAAGAUACUAAUAUGGAUUCUUCAGAUGAUCAACAGAAGAGAAUGGAAGAUGGCCGACCAGCCUGGAUGAGAACAGUUCAUACGUCUGUUGUUACUUGGUUGAAAUUGGUACCACCUACACUCAGUUCCAUGAAGAGAACAGUGGAGAAUAUUAAAGAUCCAUUGUUCAGAUUCUUUGAAAGGGAGGUCAAUGCUGGAGCCAAGUUACUUCACGAUGUGAGACUAGAUCUAAACGACUUGGCCAAGGUUUGUCAAGGAGAAAAGAAGGCAACCAAUCAUCAUCGUACUAUGAUGUCAGAACUUGUUAAAGGUAUAAUACCAACUACUUGGAGAAGAUACACUGUACCAGCAGGAUUGACUGUUAUUCAAUGGAUUACAGAUUUCAGUGAGAGAAUUAAACAAUUACAGAAAAUAGUCAAGACAACACAAUCAGGUGGCGCCAAGGAGCUCAAGAAUAUUAAUGUGUGGCUAGGUGGACUGUUUAUACCUGAAGCCUAUAUCACAGCUACCAGACAAUAUGUAGCUCAAGCUAAUGGUUGGUCUCUAGAAGAACUUGCUCUUGAUGUUAGAGUACUGAGUGGAAAUUCUGAGGUUUUGGAUGCUUGUAGCUUCAGUGUUACUGGAUUGAAAUCACAGGGAGCUGUUUGUCAUGAAAAUAAACUAGAAUUAUCAUCCAAUAUUUCUACUGAUUUACCUUUAACUCUCUUACGAUGGAUCAGGUCUGAUGGAAAAGAUUCAAGUCAAGGAAAAGUAACUCUACCAGUUUAUCUGAAUGCUACUAGAGCUCAGUUACUGUUUACCUUAGAUUUCCAACCUGAAGGCAAGGAUCACAGUUUCUACGAGAGAGGAGUUGCUAUUAUUUCUUCAGAUUUGGGUUAA